AUGUCAAUUUCAACCAUGAAUAGCGGUUGUAGCCAGGAUGUUAUAACAUGUAUUAUCGGCAUGGGUGAUAUUGCGACACACAAGUCAAUCGAAUGGGCAAUCAAUAGACCUCUUCUUUUAAAAUCUAUAUCUGUAAUUGGUAGACUCAUGAAUGAUAUUGCUGGCCACAAGAAAGAGCAAGAAAGAAAGCAUGUGGCAUCUAGUCUUGAAAUUUACAUGAAGCAUGAUGAUGUUACGGUAGAGUAUGUCCAUGAAUUAUUAAGCAAGCAAAUCGAAGAUGCAUGGAAAGAUAUAACCAAAGAAUGCCUCGUGUGUAAAGAUGUUCCGUUGCCUCUAAGAAUGCUUUUCAUAAUCUACGCAAGGACAAUGAAUCUUCUCUACGACAGUAAUAUUGAUGGUUUCACACAUGUGGGAGAAGAACUGAGUAAUCAUAUCCAGUCGUUGUUUGUUCGUGCUUUGAGUAUAUGA